AUGGUAUCCCGUCAAGCUUUUCGUCGCUUUCAACCCAUCUCACAAUGCACCAUCCAUGAACGACAGAACCAAAGCGUCGUUUCCGACUUGGACGGCACGCUUCUCGUGUCGCCAAGCGCUUUCCCUUACUACAUGCUCGUCGCUCUCGAAGCCGGAAGCUUCGUCCGGGGACUCCUCCUCCUCGCUUCUUUCCCCUUCGUGUAUUUCACGUACUUCUUCGUCUCCGAAACCGUCGCAAUCAAAACUCUCAUCUUCAUCACCUUCGCCGGACUCAACAGCAGAGACGUGGAACUGGUGUCGAGGUCGGUGUUGCCCAAGUUCUACGCCGAGGACGUCCACCCUGACACAUGGCGGGUGUUCAAUUCGUUCGGGAGGAGGUACGUCGUGACGGCGAGUCCGAGGUUGAUGGUGGAGCCGUUUGCGAAGACGCUUCUAGAGACAGAUAAGGUUGUAGGGACAGAGCUGAAAGCCACGAAAUCUGGGAGAACACUGACAGGACUUGUUAAGGAACCAGGAGUACUGGUUGGUGAGCAAAAGAAAGCAGCUGUUAUCGAGGAAUUUGGGUCCAAAUUGCCAGACCUGGCACUGGGAGACAGUGAAUCUGACUAUGACUUCAUGUCAAUUUGCAAGGAAGGAUGGAGAGUGCCAAGAACAAAGUGCGAGCCACUGCCACGGAACAAGCUUUUAAGGCCAAUUAUAUUUCAUGAAGGACGUUUUGUACAUAGGCCAACCCCUCUAAAGGCACUAUUAACCUUCCUAUGGCUGCCAAUAGGUAUCAUACUCUCUAUCUUAAGGGUAUUUCUCACAAUCCCAUUUCCCAAAAAAGUCUCUCGGUAUAUGUUCAAGCUUCUUGGUGUCAAAAUCAUCGUCAAGGGCACCCCACCGCUUCCCCAGAAGAAAGGCCAAAGUGGUGUCCUAUUCGUCUGCAAUCAUCGUUCGGUGGUUGACCCCGUGAUGAUUGCAUUUUCUCUGAAGAGAAAACUCAGUUGUGUAUCCUACAGCGUAAGUAAGUUCAGUGAAAUGAUAUCGCCAGUAAAAACUUUUGCUUUGUCAAGAGAAAGAGAAAAAGAUGCAGAAAGUAUAAAAAGACUGCUUCAGGAAGGUGACCUACUGAUUUUCCCUGAAGGAACCACAUGCAGAGAACCGUUUCUGUUAAGGUUCAGUGCUCUUUUUGCUGAAUUAAGUGAUAGGAUUGUUCCUGUGGCAAUUAAUCUGAAGCAGACUGUGUUCUACGGGACCACGGUUCGAGGGCAUAAGUUAUUGGACCCUUACUUUGUAUUAAUGAACCCUAUGCCUGCCUGUGAGAUCACUUUUCUGAACCAGCUUCCCGUUGAGCUCACAUGCAAGGGAGGGAAAUCCAGUUUUGAAGUUGCAAAUUAUAUUCAAAGAACUCUUGCAGAGACGUUAGGGUUCGAGUGUACGAGCCUGACGAGGAAAGAUAAGUAUGCUUUGCUUGAUGGAACAGAUGGGCGUGUUCGAUCGAAGACGGAGAAUAAAAAGGCUUGAAUGUUAGAAACGCAUACAAUAUUGGAUAAGAGAGUACAUGAUUGAGACUAUUUUCUGUUAAGGUUCAGCAAGAGUGUUGGUGAUUAUUAUUUUGGAUUUUGAUUGUAUAUUCAGCGUGUUUCUAAAUGUUUGAGACUGCACACACACACACACACACACACACACACACACACACACACACACACGUAUACAUAUGUAGCACUAAAAACAUUUUCGAU